CGCCGGCGAGUGACGUCACAUUCUCCAUCCUGAUUGGCCAGAGGGCUAAAAGAAACCGUUCCGCAUUUGCUCUUCUGGAGGCGGUACGCAAACAAGCCGCCGCCAUGGCGACCCCCUAAACUCCUCCCCCUUCUCCCGUCUACCGCGUCCUGAUUGGUCGCUCGCGCAUCUCGCGGGAGCGGAGGCGGUUUGGUGAGAUCCUUGAACCCUGGCGGUCACCAGCCCUCUCCUGAAAUCCUCGCUUGCCCGCUAUCCUCCAUGAACGGCAACCAUGAAGAAGGCAAAGUACAUCCUUUGCGCGUGGAAAAAACGGUGGUGGCCUGCAAAGGUUUUGUCCGCCGGCCGGACUUCCAGAAGGCGACAAGAUCUGAAGAGCACGCCGAGGACCCUUCUGGUUGAAAUUCUCUGCCUGAAUAAACAGAUUGUUGUACGCCAUGCAGACGUCAAACCUUUGCAGGAGGAGGACAUCAACAGCAUCGCCUCUCGGUUAGGUGGCCAACCCGACGCCUCAGAAGGUCAGAGCAAGAAAAACCGCAAAGCCGUAGAUGAGCUGCUCUACCGGCAUGCUCUGCGGAAUGCCCUCGAUAUCCUGAGCAGAAACUCCGUCUCACCCAAGGGGCGGAAAGGAAAAGCAUCACCGCGGAAGGUCACCCCCGCCAGAACGUCGCUGGGGCGUCCGCCUAAGUGUCGCCAGCUCCAGUCUCCAAGGGACCCGCACGAGGGAGAAAGCAUGGAGAGUUCCUUCAAGUGUUGCCUCGGCUCCAAGGCAUCUCCCAUCUCUAAACCACAACACUUGGGGGAGGCAGCUGGCCAGAACUGCUCCUUUUCCGAAGCAGCAACGACCGUCACCCCCCAGAAACAGCAGGAACCGUUGCCCAGAUCUGACGCAGGCCGGAGGCAGCUGCGGUCCUUUCAGGAGAGGGGCGAGGGGCGCUGCCAGUCUCGGGGCAGGCCUGGCAAGGGCAGCGGCUUUCCCUCGCCAAACAGAACGAGCACCCCGGAGGCCGCCUCUCGAAAACCCCGGCCCAGGUUCGCGAAGUCGGGCGCGGGGCCCGGGGUGCGGAAGAAACUGCUGGGCUCCCCCGCCCGAUGCGUUUCAGCUGAACCAGCCAGGGGAGAGGAAGAAGGGAGAUACAGCAGAGGCCCCAACGGCAGCAGGCGCCCGAAGGGAAGGCGGCAGAAACGGAGUCGAGAAAGGAGUCGUCCGGGGGACUCGAACUCCUCUGCAGAGUCGCUUUCGGGAGGCAAGGCGGGGCAGAGGCAGGAUGCGUCCUUCAGCGUGAAGCAGUUCCAGCUUCUGGAUUCUGAAGAUGAAGAAGGAUUCGCACCUGCCUCUUCCCUGCAGCUUAGCCCCAUCGGGAGGUACAGUCACAGCUCAGCUUCCAGGGAUGAUGAAGAUGAGGAACUCCCAAGCAUCCUUCUGCACCCAGAGCCCUGUACCAUCAAAGCCGGGAUGCUGGUUUGGUGCAGAAUGCCAAGACAACCUUUUUGGCCUGCGGUGGUGAAAAGAGUGCAGCAGAAAGCCAGGAAGGCCAACGUCAUCCUCAUCCAGGACACUUUGAGCGUGAAAUCCAAAGGCUUCUGCACCUCCUUCAGAAACCUGAAACACUACGAAUGCAAGGAGAAGGGAAAACUGAUAGCCAGAGCCAAAGAGAGUCACCCUCAAGAUAUCGACUGGUGCAUCAAGUUGAUAACAGACUACCUAGUUCGAGUAGGCUGCGAAUCUUUCACGGGGUCCUUCCUGGAGUAUUACGCCCACGAGAUGAGCUACUCCGUCCGAACAGGCGUCCUCCACGAACCGCCGCAGGAGAACUUUCCGGAGGCGGAGGAAGCGGACCCGGGCGAGUCGCCAUCCGAGCCGUCGCCUGCUAAGCCCCCCAGGAAAGUCCUCCCGGACCGGGCCCGUGCCGCCCGGGACAAGGCCAACGAGCGCAUCGUCGAGUUCAUCGUGAAGUCCAAGGGGGCGGACGACCACCUCCGCUCCAUCCUAAGGAGGAAGAAGCCGUCGCGCUGGUUCAGCGACUUCGGCGUCGCCCGGCCAUACCUGCCCUGCAUAGAGAUUUACCUGGAGGAUGACCACCAACAGGAACUGGUUCUCAACUACCUGCGACGGGUUUACCAAGAGGCAGACCCCAAGGUGCUACCCGAAGUGAGCCGGGACAGUAUCAAGUUCAUCUUGGACGUCUUGUUCCCCGAGGCCAUCAUCUAUGCCAUUUCAGCCGUGGACCAUAUCGACUACAAGAAAGCGGAAGAGAUAUACUUGAGAGGGCCUCUGGUGAGCCAAAGGGAAAGAGAAAUCUUCGAGGAAGAAAUCCUAGAAAAGAAGAGGAGAAGAAAUUUGCAGAGGAAGAGGCCUCCUCUGGAAGCCAGUGUGUGAAGCCUUUUCCCCUCGUCCCCGUCCCAGAGGACACAGAACAAGUUCUACAUCAGACUUGUGACAUGAAAUAGGAAAUGCGUAUUCUGUAUAGGACAUGAGAGCCUUUAUUUUUAAAUAUAUAUAUAUAUAUAUAUCUGUAUCAAAUAUACUGUAAGAAGUACAUGUGAUACCAGAACCACGACAAUCCCGCCAGGGCAAACGGGACUUUUGUGUCAGUGAAACCCUCUCUCUUUCUCUGCCUUGAGAGCAGCCCAAAAAUAAAUAAUAUAGCGGUGUUUGUGACGCCCUGGGUGAUGGCUUGUGCAGGAACCGGUGGCGGUUUGAGAGAGGACUUACUUCCCUGGUGCCAACAAACUCAAUGUUUUGAGCUACAGCCCCAGGCUGAUGGGAGUUGUAGUCCAAAACAUUUUUGAACGGAUGUCUGCCCUGCCAGCUCCCGCUCCUGGCGGACCUCCACGUCUCAGUUAACGCUGGAAGCAAAAAAUAAAUUAAAAAUGUGUGUGUGUUCAUAGGAAACGCUUUUACCCCUCUCCCCUUUUAAAUGGCCUCCAGAGGCUUCUCUGGAUCCUGAAGAGGAAAAAAACUUUGCUGUUGUCGUCUAAAAUCCUGUUCGCCCGGCUUUUGGCAAAGGUUUCAAAAGCUGGAGGCGCGUCAAAUUAGGGGCUUUUCCUUCCUGACACAACCAGGAGUCACCUCAGUUAGGUUCACAGUCUUCCAUCCCCAAUCCCGUUAUGAAUUUUAAAACCCGGCCGGCUCAGGUGUUAUUAAUUUGAUGAGAGCUAAAACAGCCUUGUACCUUCUUCCACCCGUACCGAAUCGUUCCAUCCUUACUCCAUCUUUUAAGCUUUUUGUGCAAAAUUCAAUAAAAAACAAUAAAACUUCUCAAAACCA